UAGAUGAAAACCCGAGUGCUCGCUUGACCUGCCGUCUGCUCGCAUCGCCGACUUUUUGCUCGUUCACCCUCUUAGGCGCUCUCUCCCAAGUGCCAACGUCGCCAACGAUAUCGUCCCGUUAUCAUCGAGAUAUCUAUAAUUCAAUUGUGCUGCUCACACCCAACCCCAGACUCCUGCCCUUCCUGCACGUUAAAGUCCGAAUCUCAACCAAAUUUGUGUCGCCAGAGUCUCCCAGUUUCAUCCACAAGGCUGUCCAUUAUCUGCUUCAACCGUCGUCUACCGACUUGUCUUUUUUUCAUCUGCCUGGGAAGCUCUGAGGCGACAAGAUCUCGAGCAAGAUGCCGACUUAUACCCCAUCGCAAAGAUCAUCCAUAGCCCAAUUUGUCAGCUUCACCCAAGCGAAGGAGAGCAUAGCAGCGAGGGUACGUGAACCGGAGACUCUGGGAGGAGGCAAUUGACUGAGCGCAUGGUGGCAGUUUCUGAAAUCACACGACUGGAACGUGGAAAGGGCGCUUGAUUCGUAAGUCAGCAAUUCCUGUUCUAUCAUGUCGAACUGAGAGCCCCGUACUGGAUCGUGAAAACGCGGGAUUGUGUUGGGCAGCCAUUUCCAAGGGCCAACUCCGCACGGUCUCGGUUGCAGGAUGUCAGAGGCCACGGCAAGCAGAAUGAAACAGCUGCCUGAGCCUUGUUGGCGCCGUGUUUUGUGAGACCGACCUCAUUCACAGGCUGUCGACACGACACACGAACGUGAAGCUGCCCAGGUUGAAGGCGGCACCCGUGCCUGCCAAGCCUGUUGCAUCAUCCAAACCUUCAACCCUCCAGUUGUUCACCUCAACUUGCCCAGCAGUUGGUCAACUUUUCUCUCUUGCUCGUUCCUUCCUUCGUCCAGCGAGCACAUCGUCUACUCCGGUUGACGGGUGUUCCUAUUUCUUCCUCUCAUCUGUGUAUUGUGCAUCCAUCAGCCUAUCACUAUGCCACCGAAACGCAAGUCCGCCGACUCGUCUGCGUCGCUGGCCUUGAAGUCACCCAGAGAAAAAAAGGCCAAGCCAGCCGCUUCAGCGGCUCAGACAAACCUUGCCAAAACAACUCCGCCUACUGUGACUCCAGCCACGACGAAUAUGUCUGCGAAGUCGCCGGCGAGAGGCAGGAAAAGUGGUGGCAGAGCGAAUCGUUCCAAGGCACCAGGGUUUUAUCAGAGCGGAUCUGGAAACUCUGUCCCUCCAGUUCAGCACAACCUCAAUAAACUCUUUGAUCAGUAUCGCGACAAUCCCAAGGAAUCCCCAGACACGAUCGGCAUAGAGGGUGCUCAGAAAUAUUUGACCGAUCUCGGAAUAGAAUUGGACGAAGUUGCUCACUUGAGUAUCUGUGAUCUGUUACAGUGUCCGUCUAUUGGCGAGUUCGAGCGCGAGUCUUUCGUUUCCGGAUGGCGAAAUGUGUCCUUGGGUGACAAAGCAUACGAUACGACAGCACGACAGGCACAAUACGUCGAGGCGAUCCGAAAGAAGCUCGCAAAUAACCCGGCAUAUUUCAAACAAGUCUACCGCAAUGCCUUCAAACUCGCGAAACCCGAAGGUCAACGAAGUGUCCCAAUGGACUCGGCCAUCGAUUUCUGGAACAUGUUCUUCCGGCAAGGCAAGGGGGGGAUCGAAUGGAACAGUCCUUCGACCCAGUGGUUGGACCUGUGGUGUGAAUUCUACGAGUCCCAAAGCAAAAGACCAGUCAAUAAAGAUCUGUGGAACAUGGUUGGCGAAUUGGUCAUGAAGACAAAAGAGCCUGGUGGGGAGUCUCUGAGUUGGUGGACAGAAGAUGGCGCGUGGCCCAUGGCAAUCGACGACUUUGUGAACUUCAUAAAAGAGAAGAGAAAAGGCAGCGGCGACAGCAUGGAUACCAGCUGAAGGGUCAAGCUGCGUUCUCGAAAUUACGGCCUGUUUCUAACGGUGUGUUAUCGCCACCAUAUGUGUAUGCAUGGUCAAACCCGGGUGAUGGCAAGCUGACCUGUCAUGCUCUAUUGCUGAAUGCUUUUGAGCUGGAAGGUCAGGGUUGCAGCCAAUAGCAAGCACAUAAGGAUACUGUGACAUGCUAGUAACGAACAUGAAGAAACCAACAGCUGCUUCCCUUCCC